AUUGCUUUCUCGACGAUUGUUUUCUCGCCGCCGGUCAAUCUCCCUUGUACCGGUCAACGCUCAACCUCAUCGACGUAAAUUGGCCUCCGUUAAAGCAACAUCGUUCAACAAGAUAAUUCUGAUUCUCGCCUCUUUUUGAACCGUUUAAACUGUCUCCAAAAGACGAUAACUAUCUUGAGAGUUAGUUAGGGUUUUUUCAGUUAACACCAUGGAUGUCCAGAAAAGAAGGAUUCGGUUAUUCGUAAUUGUUGCCGCUGUUAUUGCUCUUAGCAUCACUGCUGAAAAAUGCAGGGAGCUUAUGGGUGAGGAGGGGUCAUCUCAAAGUGGAAAGUUCACGAUAUUAAACUGCUUUGACAUGGGCUCUGGAACUGUGGCAUGUGCUGUCAAGGAAGGCGUGAAGCUCUAUUUUUACAGUAUUAGAUCCACCCACGUUGAAAAAGCAAGGCAACGAGCAAUCGAGACUGCCCUUGUCGACGCUGUUAGUCAAGGGAUGUCCCCAACAGAUUCAGCUAACCAUGCACAAAAAGAAAGUAAAAAAGCAGCAAAAUUGGCUUCCCGUCAAGCCAAACGGAUAAUUGGUCCCAUCAUCUCUUCUGGAUGGGACUUUUUCGAAGCUAUUUACUAUGGUGGUACACUCACAGAGGGGUUCCUUAGGGGUACUGGUACUUUGUUUGGUGCUUAUGGGGGAGCAUAUAUGGGGGAGCAAAGCCUUGGCAGAAUUGGCUAUCUUGUUGGAAGUCACAUGGGCAGUUGGGUUGGUGGCAGAAUAGGAUUAAUGAUUUAUGAUGUGAUUAAUGGAGUGCAUUUGUUGUUGCAAUUUGUUCAAACAGGCGAAAUUGAAGUUCAUAAAACACCAGGUAAUGAAAAUUUUGACGCCCCAGAAACUGUCUUUGAUGGUGAAGCUCCUAUUUUUGAAAGCUCUGAAAGUUCCAAUUUAUAUGAAUCUCCUCCCUCUGAAAGUUCCAGUUUAUAUGAAUCAUCUCCCAGUGAAGAAUCCAAUGCUUAUGAAUCUACUGAGUAUCAGAACUAUGAGUCAUAUGAAAAUUCUGAACUGUGAUGAAAAUUUGUAGCUCAUAUAUUGGCAUUUGUUCAAAAUGUAGAUGGAUUUUAAUUUCAAUCUUUGCUUCAGCAUAGUAUGUAUAAAUUUCACUAUUUUUUUUAAACAUAAAUACACAUUCUGCUGCACAUAUAUUUUAUCUUCUGAGUAUUGUACUUGUGCAUUCUGUAAUUUAUUCCGGGUAAUCGCAGGAGUUGUUGUUAGAGCUGAUAAAACAGCCUAUCC